AUGCUGUCGCUUUUAAAACUCGUCGUCCGGCUUAAAUUCACUCAGAUUAUAAAUGGAGUAAGUUACUCCAACCAAGAACUAGAAAUGCAAGAAUAUGCUAAAUGGUACAAGAUUAGAUGGAGGGAUCUACCAAACAUGAUCAAGAAUUUGAUCAAGGCGAAUCCAUGGUGGACAGCUUUCUACAUUGCGAAAGGAGUCCUUUUUUUCUUCCCACCAAGUGGUCCAAUACUCUGGUUAUUAGGUUUCACCUCGCUGGGACCGAGAGCUAGGCGUGCACAAAUCGGCAAUUUCUCUGCCCUUAAUGUUGACAUCCUCGUUUCAAGCUCAGCUAUCAUAUUCCAGACUACAGAUGCAUAUCAAGAUCGAUAUUCUCGAGAGGGCUUAGCUCAGUCCACCAAGUCCAAAGAAACAGCCACGACAAUACAUGCAUACCCUCCUUCUUCAUUACAAAAAUUGGUAAAUAAUAUGCAGGAAAACUACCCUCGGCUGCCACCUGCACCAGAGAAUUUUUUAAUCAUCAUGAUGGUCGGCACAUGGAUUUUCUGGUUAGGUACUUAUCGCGCAGCCUUAGAAUUAUGGGGAAUAUCAUUCGUAAAAGAGACGCUGCGAGGCAUGUUUGGUAGGGCACGCAAUACAACAAGAACAUUCAGGGAUCCGGAUCUUCAAAAGUGGUGGGAUAUUUGGGUUGGAAGUUCGACACCGGCUUUUGGUACAAUGCGUAGUAGGAACAAUUCACCCGAAGAUACCGGUACAAGAAUAACAGUUUCUAAUGGAGUAUGGAAAGUACUCAAAGAUGGUGGAUUCUGGAAGAAGGUGCUCAAGUCAUUCAUCACCGAUGUAUUUUGGGGAAUCUUUUUGUUCUACUGGAAUUUAUUCGUUAUUUGGCGUGAUGCAUGGGCUCUGUUUUGUGAGUCGAUUUGGUGCUGUCUCGUGGAAUGUUUCGAACUUCACCCAGAUGGGAGUUAUUCGAUUGUACUCCGCAGAAUCAGUCGUCGUGGAUGA